UGAUCGUCUGCGCCCAUGACUGAACCCUUGUUAUCAUCACGGGACGCCAUAUGAUGCGUACGUUGAGUCACAUUGGUACAACGUUCCCUAUUCCUUGAUUACAAAAAAUAUCUAUAAAUAACACUCUUACUGGCGAUUGUCUAUCAAAACGUCGAAGUGAUUUCGUGUGGCUUAAAAAUUUCUAGGAUCAGAGUCAACGAAAUGGCGUGUUUGAGGUCGCUUAUCAUCUCCGUGUUAGUGUUUGAGUGUCUGAACUGUGCGGUCAUCAAGGUAAAUACGUGGUUUGUUUGUUUGUUUUUGUUUGUUUUGUUUGUUUUUUUAUUUUGUUUUUUUGUUGUUUUUUUUUUUCUUUUUUGUGUUCUUUUUUAAAAAACUGAUUCUUUUGUACGUUUGUGUGUUUAAAAAAGAAGACAAUCAUUUGUGUACGGAAAGGCCAAUGUUGCUGUCUGUACAUAUCUGUUUAGCAAGACGCCGUAGAGCUUAGAAGGUGGCUGUUGCGUACCGAUGUGUGGAUCUUGAAAAUUGAAUCUGUUUUAAGAUUGUGUUUGUGUGUUGAGCAACACGUCACAAGGAACUGAAAACCAAUAUACCAGUCAAAGCUAUUCAUACUAACAAUAUUAAGUGUACAUGUACUAAUAAAUGUAUAUAAAAUACAAAUUCAAAUAGACAUAAAUAAAAAUUACAUUAACUUACAGCAAAAGAAGUGAAAAAGUAAAAUCCCUGAGAAAUAUUCAUAUACACACAGGCAGAAAGAGCAUGAUCUUGCAAGGAUAUUUUGUCUCGUAAACGUCUCGGAAAGUUAGCAAAAAUCUCUCUCUCCCAGAUGAGAACGCUUCCGGUUUAUUGACAGGGAGAAAAUUUGAACCUUUCAGAAAAGAACAUCUAGAGCCUGCAUCAUGCCCGGUGGAAUAUUUUAGAACAAUGUAAACAAUCUUUUCCCAAUGAAAUGAAGCGUGGGUUGUUGCAGCGCUACACAUUUAAUCAGUGGCGUCAGUAUCAAAAUAUAAAAAAGGGAAUGAAAGACCAUGGCAUGUGAUGACAUUGAAAAAAAUGGAUCAACCUACGGGCUAUAACAGUGGCUCUUAAUAUUAAGCUAACAAAAGUAUAUCAAUAUUUGAUUGAACAACCAUGUAAAUAGAUAUAUAUAUAUAUAUACAUUAAACAUGUUAAAAAAAAAUAAUAAAAUGGCAUCAUCAUUUGUGUUCAAUUUUACUGCGGCUUAACAAUAAAAAAUCGCCUCUUAUUUUUACAGAAAUUUGAUUCUAUAAAAGCUGGUGGGUUUAUAUAUUUUUCCUUUAUAUUUUAUUAUCUCUUUUUAUUUACUGUAGCAUUUUAAGACUUGGUUUAGGUUUAUUUCCUUCUCACGCGGAAAGCUGCAUUUGCAGGAACAAAAUCGAGACACAACUUGAGCCAUCAUUGUGACUUGAACCAUCAUUGUGACUUUAACCAUCAUUGUGACUUGAACCAUCAUUGUGACUUGUACCAUCAUUGUGACUUGUACCAUCAUUGUGACUUGUACCAUCAGUGUGACUUGAACCAUCAUUGUGACUUGUAAUCGAACAGCCUUUUAAAAUAAUCCAAAAACCGAUUACAAAACAUACUCUGUUUUAUUUUUCUUAAUAAAGUGUGAUAGUAAGGUGUUGGCCCUUCCGGAUCGCCUUAAAUAUGCAGCCUUGGACAUCAGAUCAGAAAAUUUCACACAUCUACACCUCUGAAUUGCACCCAGUCAAUGAUAGCACGUUGGUUAGGAAUCCAGACAAAUCUGAAUAUUUUUAUCUCCUAAACUUUUCCAUUUAAUUUAAAUUUUAUUUAAUUAAUGUGUGUUCAAAAACCAUAUGUUAAAUAUAACAUGCAAGCACUUUUUUUCACUUUACUUAAUACAUUUGUUAAUGCUGGAAAAAAAUAAAUAAAUGAUUUGCAAUUUGAUAACACUCAAAAAUCCUGAUGUACUGUGUCACAUAAGGUCCAAACAUUAUUGUGGUGGUACUUCUAGCUAGAUGAUAGUAUUGUGGUGGUACGUCUGGAAAUUCGUAUAAUGGUAUUUUCAGACAGUCUUGUGGUGGUACUUCUAAACCGUCUUGUGGUGGUACUUUCAAACAGGCUUGUGGGGUACUUCCAAACAGUCUUGUGGUGGUACUUUUUCUCAAAAUGUCCAACAGAACCGAUGAAAAUAUUGAGAAAGAUUGUUGUGUAUGCUUAGUCAUCUCUCGGUCUCAUUCAAUUUUAUUAAAUGUAACAUAUUUAACAGCAUGUUGAGGAGAAUGAAGGAAAGGCAGGUGACAAUUUUGACUGGCGAGAUUAUGGUGUCAUUACCCCCGUCUCUGACCAGGGUCAGCUCGGCAGUGUCAUGGACUUUGUCAUAGCUGGUAUGUUGUCUUCUUGUUAUUGUUCAAGAGUAGUUGUAAAAAUUUUAUAGCUAAUAAAUUCCUACUUAACUAGUUUAUAGUGAUAAUAUAUUAUGUAACUAGUUUCCAAUGAUAAUUUACUACUUAACUAAUAUAAAUUGAUUAGAUACUGCCAUACUUGUAUAUAUUGAACAAGACAGGAUGUAGUUAUGAAAAUGAUCUGUAUCGCUAUUGAAAGAUUUUAGAUCCAGCAGCCAACGGCACACCAAGCAUGCGAACUGGAUGUAUGAUUUAUGUGUGUGUGUGUGUGCAUCGUUCGAUCUUCCAAAUCGAACUUAUUUAACUACACCAAUCCCCCAUCUUCUUCACACUUGCACAUGCACACACACACACAUACACACACAUACACAUAUUCACAUACACACCUACACAAAUAAUGACACAAUUAUAUAUUUUUUAAUGUGUUCAUCAAUUCAAAAUUUGAAUCUGAGAGCGCAGACUUCUACUAAAUGGAAGUAAUGGUAAUAGUAAUCUAGAACUAAUCAAUCAUUAACAUUCUUCUCCCCACUCAGAGGGUGUGGAGAGUCUACUGGCCAUUAAAAACAACACACGGGCUAUUCCCCUGAGCGUGGCAGAAGUCGCUGAGUGCUGCGACGACGACUUCCACCAACCCAAGUACCGGGGAUUCGACUGCAUCGUGGCCAUAGGUGGACUGUGUACACCGUCAGGGUACAAGAAUGGCACGGGGUACUGUAACAGCGCCUUGUGUACACCUGUUGGGAAGGUCAGCAUGAGCCUAGGAUGAGCAGGGGGGGGGUAAUUGGUAUAAUAUAAUAAAUUCAUGACCACUCGGUAAGAGCAAGGAUCUCCUUCUUUGAUCAUCAUAUUUUGUGCUUAAACCAACAUUUUAAGCCAAAAGCUUAAGCAAACAUUUUAAGCCAAAAGUUUAAGGCAACGGUUUUCGCCAGCAGUUUUAGUCAACAGUUUAAGAGAAAAGUAGUUUUUGUUUUUUUUAAAUCCUCUAUAUAAACUUUGCUUUUUUUUUAGUGUUUUUCUUUGUUUCAACAAAUUUCUGUAGGCUCAUUUACCCACUUCCCGUCAUCCUAUCGAGCUGAAACUUUCCACAUAGACUCGUUGCCAAUGACAACACAUUCUUUCAAAUUUUCAGUCGCACCCCACCUCCCAAAAAAUCAGUUUUGCCUCUUUUUCUAUGGAAAGAAACCCUUCCCAAACCAAAUAUCAAUUUCUACAAUCACACUAAUGAUAAAAUACAUACAAUUACUUAAAGAUGCAAACCAAAAUGUAUAUAAAUGUCUUUUACGAAAAAACUUUGUCUAAGCUGUAUUUUUAUGUGGGUUUUUUCGUGUUCUUGCAUCAAAAUGAUGACAUAUAUGGCUGGACCCUUAAACACAUUACCUUAUUAUGUUUAGUCUUAAGUCUUUUAUUCGUUUCAUAAAUCAUGCUUACGUGAUGUACCUGUAAUAAAAUACGAAUGUUUGUACUUGCAGGUCAGCGGUACAGGGUACAUUCCCACAGGGCAGGAGAACUUCAUGUUGAAGGUGAUUCGCUUGACCCCAAUCUCGGCAUACAUCAACGCGGGAGUUCCUUCUUUCCAGGUAACCCUGAAUAAUCGGCAUAGCAAUAGCCAUAAUGACCCUAGUGAUGGCCUUAAUGAUCCUAGAAAUAGCAAUAAUGACCCUCGUAAUAGCCAUAAUGACCCUAGUAAUAGCAACAAUGACACUAGUAAUAGCCAUAAUGACCCUAGUAAUAGCUAUAAUGACCCUAGUAAUAGCAAAAUUACCCAAGUAAUAGCCAUAAUGACCCUAGUAAUAGCAACAAUGACACUAGUAAUAGCUAUAAUUACUCUAGUAGAAGCCAUAAUGACCCGAGUAAUAGCCAUAAUGACACUAGUAAUAGCCAUAAUUACCCUAGUAAUUGCAAUAAUUACCCUAGUAAUAGCCAUAAUCUCAGUUAGAGCUAAAAGACACAUAAAAAUCGAAGUAUUUUUUUUUAUUAUGUGUCUUUUUGUUACCCUUUGAAGAAUUCAGACAAAAGUGUGUGUUUUUUCAAAUGCAGUUUUGAAAAUAAUUUCAUAAAAACAUUUCGACCCCCCAAAUCAUUGUCUUUGAUGGUAGAAAGACUGUUGUAGGAAACGCAAAAGGGGAAAGGGUGUCUGUGUUCUUGUAUUUAAAUGAUUUCGUGUUAAAUGGCUUCCUUAAAAACAACAACACAUAGAGCUGAUCAGAAGUCUUGUGUACAUAUUGAACGGCAAGGUAUUUGAAGUACACUUAAUUGGCACAAUUAUGAACAACUCAUUUCAUUGCCGUACACAGUCGUAUGUCUCAGGCGUGUACGAGGACGCCAGCUGCUACCCGACGACACUGGACCAUGCAGUACAGGUGGUGGGAUACGGAACUGACGCUGGAAAAGACUUUUGGAUUAUCAAAAACUCUUGGGGUAUGUCCAGUGGAAAUAGCUUUACUUACUUGAAGACGAAUAGCUUAUGAUAACAAUUGAAUGAUGGAUGAAUGAGACAGUAUGGAUGCAUGAGACAGGAUAAAUACAUGAGACAGCAUGAAUACAUGAUACAGGAUGAAUACAUGAGACAGGAAAUUGUAAAUUUUUUACGAAAAAGAAAUAAAAUUCAACAAAACAACAGGUUGCCAUCCUGGUUGGACCCUCUGAAUUUUAGAAAUUAAGAUGUCUGUUAAAAUUUAUGAAACUAGAUAAUCAGACCAGCAAACCCUUCAUUUCUCGUGGUUACAGUUUCCUCGUUAACUCUGUUAAUAUUUUCAUUAACUUUUUUUCUUUUUUUUUAAAAUGUUAUUUUGGUUAAGUUUGGACCCAAAGAGUUCUGAUAUGAAUUUUGUUUGUUUUAAUAUUGGAAUGUAAUUUUAUAAUGAAGUUGUUAGGAAAAAGCAACAUUUAAACAUACAAAUAAUAAACUGACAUCGUAAUUAAAGGGAAUAUCUAAAAAAAAAAAAGUGCUUUUUUUCGAGAAAAUCGCUUACGUGAAUAUAAUGACCAAAUUGUGCUCUUAGUCUGUUCAAAGCUGUUUGCAUUUAUUUUUUUAACUCUUCCGUUAAGUGAAGCUUGAUUAAAAGUGAUCGAACAUACCAUUAUUCCAGUCCAUGUUUGUUUGACCAUCUCUAGGUGCCAACUGGGGUGAGCAAGGCUACAUGAGAAUGCUACGUGGCAAGAACAUGUGUGGCAUUGCUGAAAUGGCUUUCUACCCCUAUCUUAGAUAGUAAGGACUUGGUAGCUGUACGAUGGUUGACCUCACCAACUAAACCACUGACAAAUCAUUGCCGUUAAAAUUGUACCUACCUCUUAGUGCAAGAGAAAAGCAUUCAAUAAAACAUGUACAAUGAAUGUGUUUUGUUUGUAUUACUCAUAAAGCUCUCUAUUGUAAUGUUACCCGAUUCAUAUUUUAUUAAGAUUAAACAAUGACAUUUGAAAUUAUGGCCUCUGGAACCGCUUAGUUUUGGUUAUGAUAUCCAAUAUGAUGUGAAAUGACGUAUUUAAGUUUAUUAAGCUUAUCGCGCGACGCACUUGAACUUGAAGAUUCCAAUAGAUGGGACCUUGUCUCAGGGACCCUUCACAGUUGAAAGUGUAAGUGACGAAAAGUUGUAAGCAGGCCACAAAACACACGUAGUGGCAGGAGAUGCGUAACCGUGGAAGGAGUUAAUAUUGCAGUCUUAGGUAUGGUCAAGUCUAUUUUUAUCAAGUGAAAAUGUUUGAAGCUCAGUCCACAAUGUCACUAAAUAGCCUUCAAUGAUAACGAGAUUAUCUCAACAAAGAACAACAGCUGAUAAGAUCAAUCAAAGUUUCUUUAUCAAUAUAAAUUGUACGCCGCUAAUUUUGACAGUAGGUUUGUUAAGUUAUAUAUGUAAGCAGAGAGUAAAAAACUAAAUAUUAUACUUUUGACCUAUAUGAAAAUUUAAGCUUGUGCCAAAUUUUUAAUUCGUGUCAAUUCAUGUGUGUAUUUUUUUUUAAUCCGUG